CAUAAACCUCAGGUGAAGUGCAUCAACGUCAUCGGCUACUCCCACUGAUCCAUUCUGUCUUCAAUUCUUUCAUCAUAUAUAAAUACAACCCCCCAAAACCACUUCAAUUUUUUCCAGUCACUCUCAAACAUUUUCUCGAAAAAUCGCGUCACGUUUUCUCGGAAAAUUUUCAGAGUCUGAAAAUCUCAAUUGAGUCAGUUAUCGAUGUCUUCUUCAAACCAGCAUCAGUUCCGGUACACUCAGACUCCGUCCAAGGUUCUGCACUUCCGCAACCUUCCAUGGGAGUGUUCGGAUGAAGAGCUCGCUGAUCUUUGUAGUCCGUUUGGGAAAAUUGUUAACACUAAGUGUAAUGUUGGCGCUAAUCGGAAUCAAGCUUUUGUUGAAUUUGUGGAUCUAAAUCAAGCAAUUUCAAUGGUUUCAUAUUAUGCCGCAUCUUCAGAGCCUGCACAGGUUCGUGGCAAGACCGUUUACAUUCAAUAUUCCAAUAGACAUGAAAUUGUCAACAGCAAAGGCCCUGGAGAUGUCCCUGGAAAUGUCUUGCUUGUAACCUUUGAAGGAGUUGAAGCUGGAGAAGUGAGCAUUGAUGUUAUCCAUUUGGUGUUUUCUGCAUUUGGCUUUGUGCACAAAAUUGCCACAUUUGAAAAGACUGCAGGUUUUCAGGCUUUGAUUCAAUUCACCGAUGCGGAGACUGCUUCUUCGGCUAGGAAUGCUCUGGAUGGGAGAAGCAUACCCAGAUACUUGCUCCCAGAGAAUGUUGGUUCUUGCAACUUGCGUAUCUCGUACUCAGCACACAGAGACCUCAAUAUCAAAUUCCAAUCCAAUCGCAGCAGGGACUACACCAAUCCUAUGCUUCCUGUUAAUCAGACUGCCAUUGACAGCACGUUACAGUCUGCAAUUGGUCCUGACGGAAAGAGGAAAGAGCCAGAGAGUAAUGUGCUUUUGGCAACAAUUGAAAAUAUGCAGUAUGCAGUCACUGUAGAAGUUCUUAAUACGGUGUUUUCUGCAUUAGGCACUGUUCAAAAAAUUGCUAUAUUCGAAAAGAAUGGACAAACUCAAGCACUGAUUCAAUACCCUGAUGUUACGAUAGCAGCAGGUGCCAAAGAAGCUUUAGAGGGACACAACAUAUAUGAUGGUGGCUAUUGUAAGCUUCAUCUAACAUACUCUCGUCAUACUGAUCUCAAUGUUAAGGCAUUCAGUGACAAAAGCCGAGACUAUACAGUGCUGAAUCCUAGUCUCCAUGCAACCCAAGCUCCUGCAUGGCAGCAUACUCAGGCUGCUCCUAUGUACCCUGGUUUACAGGGACAAAUGCCAUCAUGGGAUCAAAACCAGCAAGACGUUACACAAAGUUAUUUAUCGGCACCCGGUACCUUUCCUUCUGGUCAAGCCGUUCCUCCGAUUCCUGGCUAUUCCCCAUCAGCUGUACCCUCCUCUGGUGCCUCACCUCAUUCCAAUAUGCCUCCGGAGUCAUUUGCCGAUGCUUCUCCUCCCGGUAUUCAACCUUAUUAUGGUUAGGAAGGUAGAUUUCAUCUGAACUACAAUCCCUUGCCCCUAUAGAUUUUUUUCUGUUCCACCAACUUUUCAAGUUGGAUUUCUUAGCAUCAUACCGAAUUUCAGUUUUGGUUUCUAGUUUCGAUUUCGAGUAUGAUGCCUUUUGUCCAAAUUACCCAUUAUUUUUUGGGUAGUAUUUUUUACUUAUUUAUUACAGGGAUCUUUAUGUACUGAUUUGUUUAUUUAAUUACUUUCUUUCUCCAUGCCAA